AUGGACGUUGUUGAUUUCGAGUUCCAAUUCUCUAAGCCGGAAGAUGAAUAUACGCCGCCACCAGGAUAUUUUAGCAUCCUUCCAUAUCGUGUGUCGAAAACUGCCGCAGAUAUCAUGAAUACAGCCUGUAACUACCAGCAAGAUUGUAUCUCCGUUUUUACUGGCAAACGUGCAGAAGACCUUAAGGGAAAGGGGGGAACCAGCGCUCGCACACAUGCUGCUGCAUACAUGAUACCCGAAUGCCCACCAGGUCGAGCCAACGAGUUCGCAAAGUUCCUGGAAAUGGCGUUCAACUGGGAUGACAUAUCAGAAUCGCUUCAUGGAGUCGAUUACGAUGAUUUCGAUCUGGAUAUGCAACUGAUGCUUUUGUCAAUCAUCAGAGACGAAGGGUCUGCCGACGUGGAAUAUCAGAUCAACAAAGAAGGAGCUAAGAUUCUAAAGAACCUUGCAUGUGGGCACGAGCACCUGAUUCCCGAAUGGCACUCCGAAGUACGAGGCGUCAAUAAGGCACACAGGGCCUGCAAUUUCGAUAUGACUUUUGAAGACUACAAGUGUCAUCGUCCCCCCUCGUUUGGCGGCAGCAGACUAUUUUCGCUCUCCGUCGCGGUGGCUUACCCUACGCAGCUGACAAAGGAGGAAUUAGCUUCAGUUGAAUACAUCUUCAAGCACGGGUACUUGAGCGCCGCCUUGACCAAUGAUUUGUAUAGUUUCACGAAAGAAUUUGACGAGCAAUUAGCGGCCGGUAAACUGCAAUUCCUACAGAAUGCUGUGGGUAUACUCAUCCGUGGCUACGGGUACAGUGAGGAUGAAGCGAUCCACAUCAUCAAAGAGGAGGUCAAGUGCCAUGAACAUAAAUUCUUAGACGAGUUUCGAGCAUGGUACACCUCGUCUGUCCCCAAGUCGGAAGGCUUGAAGAGGUAUGUAACCUUCGUGCUUCUCUGCUUUGGCGGUAUGUGCCGGUGGAUGUCAGAGAGUACCCGCUACAGCGUGGUUUCUUCGACUACCCGAGAGGAGCGAGAACAGCUCCUCCGUCAAGAUAUUCAGCAUGCCCCGUGGAAGCUGAGCGGAUACGGCCCGCCUCAACAACAAUGCCGGGAUACUAAGACGGACCCAUCCUCUAUUCGACUCUACCACGGUGAGAAGUCGUAUUCAUUGGAGCCCUUUCUUGGGCCUUUUCAAGCGGCAAACACCCAGAAACUCUGCCUUGAACCGUAUGAGUACACGAGGUCCGGGGGCGGCAAAUCCACUUUCCCUCGAUUCAUCGACGCAUUGCAUGUUUGGUUCCCUGCUCCCGCCGAACCUUUACGGGUGGUGAAGACCGUUCUAGUCAAGAUUCUCAACGCUACUCUGAUGAUGGAUGAUAUUCAGGACCGGUCUCUCUUCAGACGUGGGUUUCCAGCUGCGUAUACCGUGUUUGGAAUCAAUCCAGUAAUUAACAGCGCUACUUAUCUCUAUGCCAAUGCCGGGGAGAUGCUGCUUCACCUAGAGGAUAAGCGAUGCGCGCAAGUCUUUUUUGACGAGCUCCACACUUUGGCUCAUGGGCAAGCCCUUGACCUCGAAUGGGAUGAUCUCACCAACUGCCCGACAGUCACCGAAUACAUUACUAUGGUCGAUAACAAAACCGGGGGCUAUUUCCGGAUGUCGGCUCGUUUAGUUCAGGCAACAGUAGGGUCCUGUAAUAUGCCGUCUAGUCUCGCCCACUUCAUCACUUUAUUGGGGCGCUAUUACCAAAUCCGUGAUGAUUACGAGGACCUGAAGCCGACGGAGCACGGUGCACAUUUCGGUGAUGACUUGAGCGACGGCAAAUUCUCGCUUCCCGUAAUUCAUUUCCUUCAGAACGCGCCAUCUGCCAGCAAGGUGCGCCGCGUACUUUUCCACCGCUCGAACAGCUUUGAGCUAACGACCGACUUUAAACUCUGGAUCUUAUCCGAAAUGAGGAUGGCCGGUAGCUUAGCCUAUACAGAACACGUCCUGGAAACGCUGUACAUUGAGCUACGGAGGACGCUGAGCCAGGUAGAGGCGGAGCUGGGCCCGAAUAAACUGAUGAAAGUAUUUCUUCUUGCCCUGAAAGUAUAA